AUGCACAAUCAGCAUCUGAGGAACAUCUAUCUUCUAAAAACAAACAUCCCUGAAUACCCUCAACCCGAGUUUCACGUGUCCAAUCUGAAACAUGACACGCAGCAAGGAGGGUUACUGAGGAUCUGGAAGGACGAAGGCUUCAAGGAUCCUCACGGAGGCCUGAAGGAUGCAGACGGCCUGUCCCUGGUGUGGUGGAGUCUGGCUGUGGGCCCCCAGGAGAUCCAGUCAGCUGAGACCAGGCUCCUCGACAAGGUCUACCCAAACCGGAUGGAGAAGCAGGCUGAAAAGAAGCCGAGCUACCUGGACGAGAUCUACCCAGACCGGAACAAGCAGGAGAGCUUCCUCUGGAAGUUUGCCACCUCUCCGGCCUUCAGUGAGAAGUCCAGUUUUGGAUCGUACCGCUUCACCUUCCCCCUGCACGAAGUGGUGACCGCCUACAGCCAGCAGUUUUGCUCCGGAGCUCCGCCCAUGAUAAGGCUGUUCAAGACCGCCCUCUGCAAUCAGGAAGUGCAGUACUCUGUGCUGGUCCACAGCCCGGCCUCUGAGCUCUUCUCAGAGUAUCCUCUGCUUCCGUAUGAUGACCCGAACGCCGUCUUCACUUACAGAGAUGGACACUUCAUCUGGAGGUCACAGGCCAUGUGCGAGACACACAGUUGGAAAUUGACACAAGAACCUGACAAAAACCAGAUGGAAGCUGACAGUCUAUAUUCUUUUCAACGUCAGUUUUAUGUCUGGGAUAAUGUCGCCAUCGCCCUGCACGUGGACCAUGGACAGGUGCUGAAGUUUGACUGUGAUCGACUGAGAGCAAACCUCACGUACUGUGAGGAACCUGAAGAGGAUGUUGUAACAAAGCUUUCGUUAGCUGGAGAACUACAGCAGGACCUGAUGGAGGCUGAGGACUUCUGUGGAUCUGCUAACGGAUCCACAUUAUCUGUAUAA